AGAAAAAGCCGUCGCCGUGCUUCCCAGACCUUAUGUUUCAACAACAUCUUUCGCUUCAGUGGCUAGCGUAGAGCGAGCGAGCGCGCGAGAGAGAGAAAGGGGAGAGAAGCGCAGAUGCUGGAGUAGUCGGAGCCUGCACGCGCGUGGGUUCCGCUGCUGCUGUGUGCGAGGGCCGGCGAGAAGUGAUCGACGAACGAGCGAACACUCCCACCGACAUGUGCCUGGCUUGUGAACACCAGGGAUGCAGUUUUCUUUUUGUUGACGUAUCAGUUACCCGACACUCAACCGCCGCUGCAUCCGUUGUCGGUUAAAGAGAGAGACACACACCUUCAUCAACGUAGCCUGCGACUCGCUGUUGUGGACUUUGUUGGACUUUGUAUUAUUCUGAGACUUGUGUGAAGUGCAAAACUUAAUUUUGUUUGACUGUUCGAGGUUUUGCGAGACAACAAAAAAUUUUUUCGGGAAUACCCGGUUUACUCCCCUUUAUUUCCCUCCCUUGACUGACUCCAACAUCCCAUUGGACAGAAGGAAGAAAAGAAAUCAGUGAUCGUGUUGGUAUUAUGGACCUGUCAACUGGAAGAUGAUGAUCAUGAAUCAUUGAUGUCAUCGUCGCAAGAGUCUUAACAUCUCCCUCCCAACGGACUCUGGCAUCAAGCGACGAGUGCAGUCCCCUUAGUACCGCCGCAAUUUGUGUGUCAUGCCCUUGCAAAGUGGUACACGAGCAUGUAAUUUAGAGACAGCGCCAGAAAGGCCACAGUGAGAAAGGUCAGGGGUACGUACAGGAGGAGGUAAGGUGGAAAAGCCGAGGAGGGAAGGAGGAGCUUGUUACGGAUCCUCCGAGCGUUGCCGGAAUGUCUUCGCGAAGUACCGGCGCCAGGAUGGAUGACAACGGGACCUCGGCGAAGAAACAGCAAUCAAUUCUGGACUCGGCUCACGAGGACAUGCGACAACUGACGGCGAUGCUGCACAUGGAGUGUUCCGAGACUGUUCUGUCCUUAGCCAGGCCCAGCGACGGUGAGGUGUACUGUAAUGCUACAUUCGAUGGCUGGGGAUGCUGGAACUACACCAUAGCCGGUGGCAUCGCUGUCAUCCCGUGUCCUGUCUUCUUUAACAACGGCCACGAUGUUGCGGUGAAGGAGUGCGAGCUGAACGGAACAUGGCGUCGCUCCCCGGUCACUGGAGCCCCGUACGCCAACUACAGCUCCUGCUCCAGAAACAUGGCCCAGAUAUCGGCCAUCCACCACUUCAUGCCCCUGUACUUGUUCAUCGCAGGGUUCUCCCUGUCCAUCGUCAUGCUUCUCAUCUCUCUUGGAAUCUUCUUCGCUUUCAGACAGCUGCGGUGUGAGCGGAUUACUGUCCACAAGAACCUCUUCGUGUCCUACAUCCUGACGGGCGUCGUCUGGAUCCUGUACUUUGUCCUGGCGGCUCUGGAUGGCGACGUGCUGCUGGCAAAUCCCCUGUGGUGUCGCAUGCUGCACGUGCUGACCCAGUAUUGCACGGCCUCCAACUUCGCCUGGAUGUUCUGCGAGGGUCUGUACCUCCACGUCAUCAUGACUCAGACCUUCCGCACGGGAAAGACACUCAUCCGAGUUCUCCUCUUUGUCGGUUGGGGUAACCCUCUCAUCUUGGCCAUCGUGUAUGCCUGUGUCCGCGGGCUGUACAGCGCCAAUACAACGAGCUGCUGGGUGAAUAUCGACUCUCUCCAGUGGAUUGUGUUCGGCCCCGUCAUAGCCUCCAUCGUGGUCAAUGUUCUUAUUUUGAUCAAUCUUGUGCGUCUUCUGGUCACGAAGCUUCGCAUGGUGCCGGAUGCUCCGCAAAGCAGAAAGGCGGUUCGAGCCACGUUGAUCCUGGUGCCGUUGUUCGGCAUGCAGUACCUCAUCUUCCCCAUCAAGCCUGCAGAGGACCACCCGCUCCACGGCCCCUACCACUACCUCGUGGCCUGCUUCAUCUCGCUGCAAGGAGCUCUGGUGUCUAUCAUGUACUGCUUUUGCAACGGUGAGGUGACGUCACUGCUGAGGCGGAAGUGGCACCAACAUCGCCUGAUGAGUGGUCAAGUGAGGAAAAACACGGCGCUGACGUCAUCGACGUACACCGAAGGCUACUCAGUCGUCAACACCUCCAUGAGGGAUCUGUCCGGGCAACGGCAGAAGGUCGCCUCUGACCACAACAAGACUCUGGCCCGCAAGCUGCAUUCAUUAGAGAGCUUUGUGCUUGCAGGACGCCGCCGAAAUGAAGCCGCUCAAACAGGAGGCCGUGGAGGUCACGUGACCAGAUGAUGGCGCUGGCAGUCUCUGUCCAUCGACACGCUAAUUCUCCAUCAGCAGCCAGCACGAUGACAUCAUCUACAGUCCGCGGCCAGGGUGUCGUGGUUCCCUGUCACGUGGUGCAUGCGCCACGCUAGUCAAUACUCUCUUCUUCUCUUUUAUUUUGUUUUUUUUUUUAACUGUGCUACAUGCCUAAUUGCUGGUCCGUCUUCACCCUCUUAUUUGUAAAAAAAAUUCUCUUUCAAGCCUUCCCUAGCCUCUUGAGGAUGGAAUGAAGCCAUUUCUUCUUAGAAACAAAUGUUUAGACAUGGACAGUCGUACACAUUUCACUUGCACGAACUGUUUAAAGCUUUGUUUAUGUAGAGAGACAUAGAUGUUCAAACUUUCGUUGAUAUUUUCAAGUGUAAGAAAGUUUCUAGACAGACGCGUGUCUAUUGGGCUCUGACAUGUAAGAAAGUUGUAUUGUAUACAUAGAAGGGAAAUAGGUGAGCCUUUCCAACUUUUUUCCAAACCACAACAGCAGGAGCUAUGUCUAGGUACAGGUCUGUGAACACUUGCUCACAGAGAUAGAUAGAUAUCCUAAUUAUAAUACUAUUGUUGCUUAUAUGUUAUCCAUUAUUUCAAGUUAACUCCCUGUGUAUAUAUUGUCGCCAUUGAAGCCCCCAUUCCACAGAACACACACUUCUGUCUGCCUGAGCGGUCCGGUGGCGCAACGGUUAGCGCCUGUCACCAAUGCAGUGAAGGUUGGCUGCCCUGAGUUCAGUUCUCGUCUCGGGCACGCUGAUCUUUCUCUGCACGUGGCAUCUGUUUACAUGGCUGGCUGCUUGCCGUGAUAUAGCCUUAGUUGCUGACACGGCGUAAAACACCAAUUCCCCCCCCCUCUGUCUGCCUGACCCGGACAAGGACCAGUAAUCGCUACAGUGGGAGGGUGGAGUAUCCAGCACACUGAGCACAGCUCACUCAAGACACUACAUUAUAUUUGCUAUAUCCCACCCUUCCCCCGCCUUCUGUUCCUAUCACUGCCCCUAAUUUUGCAUUACAAUGAAGCAAGAAGAGUUCUAAGGCCAUGAACCCCUACCUUGGGAACCUGGACAACCAGCGACUGUGAAGACAUGUCACGUGGAAGAAUGGUUUUCACGGCUUGCGGCUGAUUUUUUUUAUUGAUGAUUGUCACUUCGUUAGUGUCAUCUGUGGGCUGAACAUUUACUGAAUAGUAAAUCACUCAAUAAUAAGACAACGUGAGGUUUUCUUGGAUUUUUUUUUUUUUUUUUUUUUUUUUUUUGAAGGGAGGGGAGAGGGGUUGGGGGGAAUCGUAGAAUUCCUACGAAUUAGAAUUCCCUUGACACAUCGUUUUACAUCCAUUCUCUGUUGGACAGUUUGCUCUCCCCUUUGUGUUUAUCGUCCAGUCGAUCUGUGUCCAUUCUCUCUCUCUCCUCUCCCCCAGUUGUUCUUAUGUUGCUGCUAAUCAAUGAAAAUGUUCAUAAAUGACACAAAAUAAAAUGUAUGAUACCAAAGAGAAUCACUUCGUGAAAAAGUGUUUAUAACUGUUAGCCCAAAGAUUAACUGUUAUUUUGAAGUAUUAUUAUGGUCACCAUAUUUUAUUCUCGAUUGCUUUCAUUCUGUACAAAAUUAAUAAUUCAUUUGAUGGGAAAUUAACGUACUUUGUUUCUAAAGAACCAGAAGGUUGUGGUGUGUUUUGAAUGAAAACGAAAGAGAAACUGCUCUUCUAUAUGCAUAUAAAGUCAUACAGUCGGGUUUUUCCCUUACAAGAACUGUGAGAAAGAUAUUAAAAUAAAAUCAGAUUUAUUCCUUACAAAUUUGAUCAUUAAGAAUUCUUUUAAUAAUCUAUAUUUCCUGUAUUAUUUUGCCUCGCUGACAUGGUACUAAAUUACCUAAACAGCUACCUACCUGUGAGAGGUAAAUAAUAAGAUUAAAGGUUACAGGUGUUUAAACUUAUAUUCGAGACACUUCUGUGGUUCUAUGACAAGGGUGGGCAAAGUACUGCCCGAUGAUGUCUUUGGACUGGCCUGUCUGCCAAAAUGUGGUACCACUUGUUUUCUUUUUUUUUUUUAAUUCAAUCUAGGUUAAUUUGACUAAAAUUUAAGAUCACAAAUAACACGACUGACAUGUCUGAUGGAGUCAUCAGAGAGCAUCGGGGCGGCUGCCUUCAAAGGAAAGGAUUGUUUUGAAGUUCUACUGUGAGCGAAUUCAAACAGCUUCACUUUUUAAUAAAUUUUUAAUAUGUACUCCUUUGUUGUCCAUUCCAUUAUAAGUAGGUUUGUUGUGUAGUCACCUGACCUGGGUUUUGGGUGUUUUACCAACCGGUCGCAUGGCUUAGAAUUUUGACACCGGUCCGCAAAAAGAAGACUUUGCCCAUCCCUGGUGUAAGAAGUCCAAAUGAAAUACAUCUCGAUAUUAAAUUCAUCCUGUCAGGCGGAGCAAAUCAAUCGUCUUGUAGUUUUGUCCAGUAUCUCGGUUUGUAUGUCCGAUCAAGGCUGUAGUGGUGGUGGUGUUUGCCAUGUUCGUAUCUCACCCCGGUGGGUGAAACGUAUUCACCAUUCUUGCUGUUGCCAGAUGUUAUGAUUACUGUUGUGAUUAAUGUGUCCAUUUUAACUCACCUUUUUCUUGAUUUCACAAUACACCACUCGUCCUUGUUAUAAUUAUAUACGUGAAAAUCAAUUCAUCAGUUCGAUUUAACACAUUUGCCCGCCAUUGUGUACUACUGCUAACUCUUGCCACCACCAUGGGACGAUUAAUACAAGUGGUGAAGACUGUGUCGAGACAAUAAGCUUUGUGUACUCCAAGUUAUCCGGGUUCCUUUCAAUUAAUUAACUCUGUUCUUUGAACAAGACUCCAUUUGUUGUUGUCUACUCGGUCGCCGUAGAAGUGUUAUGUCGGUAUUCUUUGUUGGAACUAGGAUUGUUUGUUAAACAGAAAAUUUCCUCUUUCACACAACGGCGAGCUUGCAGAAUUAUGUUUCAUUCCAACAGCAUUGUGCCACCGGAAGCCAGAAAAAAAUUUAUUUGAUGACAAACGAGCACUGCACGAGACUUCAUCUCUUUUGACUGUUUUCAUCUUAUCACCCUCCUUCCCCCUGUUUCCAAUACUUACCGAUCUUUUUGUCCCAGUUCUCUUCUGUUUUUGACAUAUUGUCGCCCUAGUUAAGUCAAUAUUUGUUAUUUAUUAUCUGUGAUCAUACUUGCAUUUUGUGAAACAUUAAAAAGUGUUUCCGCA